UCAGUCAGUGUUCUUUUUGCGACAAUGACGGUGAAAACCGAGGCUGCUAGAGGCGCUGUCACUUACUCCAGAAUGAGGGGAAUGGUAGUGAUUUUCAUCGCUUUCAUGAAGCAAAGGAGGAUGGGCCUGAAAAACUUUAUUCAGAAUAUUGCCAGUAACUCCUAUGCAUGCAAACACCCUGAAGUUCAGUCCAUUUUGAAAAUCUCCCAACCUCAGGAGCCUGAGUUAAUGAAUGCCAACUCCUCUCCUCCACCAAGUCCUUCUCAGCAAAUCAACCUUGGUCCAUCAUCCAAUGCUCAUGCUAAACCAUCAGACUUUCACUUCUUGAAAGUGAUUGGGAAAGGCAGUUUUGGAAAGGUUUUUCUCACAAGGCACAAAGCAGAAGAAGCAUUCUAUGCAGUCAAAGUUUUAUAGAAGAAAGCAAUCUUGAAAAAGAAAGAGGAGAAGCACAUCAUGUCAGAGCAGAACGUCCUAUUGAAGAAUGUGAAACACCCUUUCCUGGUGGGCCUCCACUUCUCUUUCCAGACUGCCGACAAACUGUACUUUGUCCUAGACUAUAUUAAUGGUGGAGAGUUGUUCUACUACCUCCAGAGGGAGCGCUGCUUCCUAGAACCAAGGGCUCGCUUCUGUGCUGCUGAAAUAGCCAGUGUCUUGGGUUACCUGCACUCUCUGAACAUCAUGUAUAGAGACUUAAAACCAGAGAAUAUCUUGCUAGAUUCCCAGGGGCACAUUGUCCUCAUUGACUUUGUCUGCAGGGGGAACAUUGAACAUAAUGGCACAACAUCCACCUUCUGUGGCACACCUGAGUGUCUUGCACCUGAGUUACUUCAUAAGCAGCCUUAUGAUAGGACUGUGGACUUAUGGUGCCUGGGAGCUGUCCUGUAUGAGAUGUUGUAUGGUCUGCCUCCUUUUUAUAGCCGAAACACAGCUGAGAUGUAUGACAAUAUCCUGAACAAACCCCUCCAGUUGAAACCAAAUAUUACAAAUUCUGCGAGGCAUCUCCUGGAGGGGCUCCUGCAGGAGGACAGGAUCAAGAGGCUGGGAGCCAAGGAUGACUUUAUGGAGAUUAAGAGUCACGUCUUCUUCUCCCUCAUUAACUGGGAUGAUCUCAUAAACAAGAAGAUUACUCCUCCUUUUAACCCAAAUGUGAGUGGACCCAGUGACCUGAGGCACUUUGAUCCCGAGUUUACCGAGGAGCCUAUCCCCAAUUCAAUCGGCAGGUCCCCUGACAGCAUCCUCAUCACAGCCAGUGUAAAGGAAGCGGCCAAGCCAUUCCUCAGUUUCUCCUAUGCACCUCCCAUGGACUCUUUCCUCUGAGCAGUCUUAGGGGUGCUUGUGAAAGACCCUACAUGUGUCUGUGAAUGUUUUAGUUAGCCUUUGGUAAAGCUUCCAGCUGACUGGACAUCUUAAAGAGAAUUUACACAUCUCUGGCAGCCCUGUUGCACACUGUUUGCUGGAAGCUUUUCAAAGAGCACAUCCUUCUCAGUGAGCUCAU